CUUUAACACAUUAGUUAUUUAUACAAAAUGUAACAACGAUACACCGGUGUUACGAAGAGUUACGUGCCAGAUUAUUUCUUGAUUCUAUUACUGGAUUACUUCCUUGAGUGUCUGCUCGUUGCCUGGCAACCCCAUAGUCACAGCAGGACUCCAUGAAGUCACUACACAGCAGCUCAGAAUAGUCCAGCACGUAAACACACCAUACCACAAGUUCUUAUACAGAUUAAAUCAACAAGAUAUGCUUGUUGGUGUUUGUGUUGUAAUUUGUUACCAAUGAGCAGAGUCAGGACCAGGCUAGCUCUUCGCUUUCCUUUCUUUACAUUUACAUUUAUUCAUUUAGCUGAGGCUUUUAUCUAAAACCAUCUGAUUAGUGGACAACCAGCUCUAUCUCCUGAGCCACAGCUACUUUUGCGUGAAGAUAAGAUAAUUGCUGGCUGUAGCCCCCUAAUUUAAGUGGUAUUCACCAUUCUUUUGGCAGUAAAGCGAAUAAGCCAUUUCAAACAAAAUGUCAAACAAGUCCUUACAGGAUAAACAAGGAAUCGCUGAAGUUUGAAGUCAAGACUCGCAUUUCCGACAUUUCCGCUAGCACUUAAAUGCAGCACCAGGCCCACCGCUGCGGUCGCCCUUUGGAGCUUUCCGGGUGUCCUUCACACACAUCCGCCUACCGGACAGGUGUUCGCCCGAAAUGCCCGUCCCUCCGGUGACAGAGAGUGUUUGUUUUCUUUAACAGCUGUAAAAAUAUAUAUAUAUGUACCAUGAGAGACGUGCGGAGGUAUCGACUCUGCUGCAGUUCAACACCGCUCCCCAAAAACAACAACAACAACACCAGCAGCAGCAGCCGCCGCCGCAGUGAGACGCAUUAUUUCUCCUCUUGACGUGCGCUUUCCUGCAGCUCGGGUGGUCUUGCUUGUACCGUACAAAAGGGCGUCGACUUUCCCGUUGUGUGUUUACAACAUUCGCUGUCGGGAAUUUUUUUGAUCUCACGCAAGAUCGGAAACAAAUACAGCAGCAGCAGUAACGACAUCCCAAGGAGGAGCAUCAUCCCCCUGGUGUUUAUUACAGGGGAGGACGCGCCGCAAACCAGGGACUCGAGUCAGAGACAGACGAGAGCAAACAUGUUCGAGACCAAAGGAAUCCCCUUUGUCCUGCUGGACUUGGCAUGUCUUAUUCUAGCUGGACUCCCAUUUGCUAUACUCACUGCACAACACAGUCCUUUCCACCGAGGCUUUUUCUGUAACGAUGAUUCAAUCAAGUACCCCUAUAAAGAAGACACCAUUUCCUAUCAGUUGUUAGGAGGUGUUAUGAUUCCCGUCACAGUACUCACUAUGAUCUUUGGCGAGUGCAUUUUAGUUUAUCUAAAACGCAUCACAUCCAAGUCCUCUUUUGGCAGCUACGUCUCCUGUGUUUACAAAGCCGUCGGUACCUUCCUUUUCGGUGCCGCCAUGAGCCAGUCUCUUACCGACAUAGCCAAGUAUUCAAUUGGCCGGCUCAGGCCGCACUUCCUGGACGUGUGCAAACCUGAUUGGAAAGCCAUCAACUGUUCAGUAGGAGAUUAUGUCGAACAGUUCAACUGCAGCGGAGAUGCGACAAUGGUCAAUGAGGGCAGGCUAUCCUUCUACUCUGGCCACUCCUCUUUUUCCAUGUACUGCAUGAUGUUCCUGGCUCUCUACCUGCAGGCUAGACUCCAAGUCGAAUGGGCGAGGCUGCUGAGACCCACAAUCCAGUUUUUCCUGAUCGCUGCCUCGGUGUAUACAGGAUUGUCAAGGGUGUCAGAUUAUAAACAUCACUGGAGCGAUGUGCUGACUGGACUCCUGCAGGGGGCCCUCAUGGCUAUACUGGUGGUCUUCUUUGUGUCUGACUUCUUCAAGCCACAAGUACAGCCCCAUAAACAGGCGGACAUCCCGCACACAACCCUGCAGGAGACCCCAACAAAUGGAAACCACUUUGAGAGUCCCAACUAAGCUAAUCGAGAGGUGGACGACGACGACGAGGACCUCUGCUCUGUGCAAACGCACACCCAGGAUUCCCAGCUCUCUAGCCUUUUAUCUCACGCAAAAUUCUCAUCCAAUACCCUGCAUGGAUUUACAGUGUGCUGAUUCUCACGUCGAGAAAGCUCCUGGAUGACCGUGCGUCCCAGAAGAAGCUUUUGAAAGCUACACCUCAGCCCUGUUCAGAUUUUAAGGCUUUAUAAUUUUAGGCGAUUUGCUGUCUCUGUCCACCGAUUCUCUCAUCCGGAGGGAAAAGUGUUAAGACCACUUCUCAGACCGUAGAUAAGCUUGAGUGGCUGAGACAGACGUAGGUUAGGGGCUAGAGAUUCUGUAAGGGCAGGAACCAACAAUUUAUCACGUAUCUAUCUACUGAGCCAGUGGGAAGACUUAACUGCACGCACCCACUAAAGGGUCUGACCACUGCUGAGAGAGAGAGAGAGGGAGGAGGGUUGGAAACCUGUGAAUGUAACCAUGCUUUGUGCUUUUCCUGACCUGGAGUCAGUCUACUCAAGGAUCUGAUUUAGGAUCAGUUUUUAGGUCGACUCCAGCACACAGAGAGACGGCUUGAGUCUCCUAGCUUUGCUGCCUUAAGUCCUUUGUCCAUGAAAGGGCUAAUUAUAAGAGGAAUGUUUGCUUCUCAAGGCUAAAACGUGCUGGAGACUAAAGCUGAUCCUAGAGGGCGAACACUGCUGACUCCAGGUCAGUGCCACUGCCGCCUUAUUCUCCAAUCGUCUAACCUCAAACAGUCGAAGCUUGGCUUGUAUUUCUUUGGUUUGAGGGUUGAAGAGUAGACGGUCAGUUUAAGUCCUGUGUUGCCUUUGCUGGACUGCUACUGCUGCUAUCACAGCCCUGUGUAUCUAAGAACUAAUAUAAGUGAACAGACAACAAUGUACUUUUGUAUAAUAAUCUGUAUGUGAAAACAAUACAGAUUUUUAUUGAAAAAAGAUGUUACAAAUAUGUACAAAUGUCUAAAAGAAAAAAAAAAAAGGAACAAUAAAGCCAUUUUACUUAUUAACAUGAACACAAAUGAAACAUACGUGUUGGAUGUAUUAUGUCAUGAGCUGUCAGAAAAUUAAAGCAUGACUUGUGUUGUUUUACGUAUCAUAAUUUGUCAUAUUAAUGACCACUUUGCUCAUUGUAAGCAAAAAUAAAAGCAUGAAUGGUUCAACGUAUUCUGGCCACGCGUAAAUGAAAACUAUCCACCAAGUCAAGUUUCACUCUUUCAUUUAUAUGAUGGAGAACAGACGAGCUUCAGGUAAGUUACUGCGAUGAAAGAACAGAAACAAUCUGAAGGAUGAAUAAGUUAUUUUUCCUACUCAAAGCAAAUUUAACAAACAUCUUGGAAAUUAUCGUGACAAAA